AUGUUCUUCAGGAUCUCUGUAGCUACGAUAGCCCUCAUCUCGCUUGCUGAAGGCAUCGUGGUCGGCCGUUCAACUGGUGAUGAGGAGUCCCUUUGCGGUAGCUUGGACCCCCUAGAGUGCACACCGGAGCUCAUCAACCUAGUGAAGGAGCUGGAGGCGGAGCUCAUCGAGCAAGAUGAUGAGGAGCGUAUUGCCUCAUACCAUGAAGAUCCUCAGCUAGCAGCAGUUUCGGCUGAUGGUAGCUUCUCAUAUCCGCCGGGUUGUACACCGGAUGUGCGCCCGCAAAACAGGUACUACUGCUUCCACGGCAAACGCAAUACAACUGGUAAAGAGAAGAAGCAAGUGACAGCCAUUGUUGAUCUUUUCGAUAUCAAUGACCCACAGGACAAUGUCGUUAUUGGUCUCACAGCCGAGUUCGAGUGCAAGACUGCGAUGAGGCUGAGCACCCACGCCGGCGGUGAGGCAGAGGUGGUAGCUUUUGGUAACAAAAAAAGGCUUGGCGCGUACCUAUCCUUGGCGACCUAUGAUGUGGAAACCCCCAAACCUGGGCUACUCGGUCGCGUGCAGAAGAACCUAGUCGCUAAUCCUCACUUCAAAAUCUAUGUUUUCAGCUACCUAGCUUUGGACAUUGAGCAUUUACCCAGUAAUACUAGCUAUAUGUACGCUACAAAUGCUGGGAAUAUGGGCUUCAACGUGACAACAUCGAUCUCUAAGAAGGUUACACUUGGUACUGUUGAUGCUUCCUUCUCUUUGACCUUGGAUACUCUUAAGGCCAAUGACAGCAUAUGGGACCUUAAGGGUACAGCGAAGGCCUCCGUCACUAAUGCAUUGAUCAAGUUACACUUCCCGGUGACCUUCCUUAGGGAGAGAAUCAUCCUGCCACAGUAA